AUGCAAAACAACAACAUCGAUCGCGCGAUCGCGUCCGUGGUGGAGCGCGGACAAGAGAUCAUCGUGCCCAACGUCUUCGCCGCCUACCUGCAGUGCAUGCUGGGCUACGACUACGACGUACUUGACCCGACUUCCGCCAUCGAGAUGGACGCGAUCGCCCAAACCGCCCUCAUCUCCUUCGAGCACGCCAUGGACAAGUACCCCAUGCCCGCGCGUUCCGCGAAGUCCAGGGGUCAGACAAAGACAAAGACAUCUUCGGCUCCCACCCUCUCCUCCAUCUCCGUCGCUCCGCGGAUCUAUUCCGCGCAGGUCGCGCAGCUCCGCCAGGAGUACCAGCAAUCUCUCGUUCGCGUCAUGUCCGUCCGCGACGAGAACGGGUACGACUACGACUACGCCUAUCGCGGCUGCACCUGCGUGUCCUGCACCUCCCUUGCCACGUCCAGGGAGCGCGCCGCUUUGGAUCUCUCGUUGGAUAGUGAGGAAGGAGAACAGGCGGAGAUGGUCCCGGUGCGGAAGCGGAAAGCACGCAAGGUGAAGAAGAGCACGAAGAAGAAAACGCUGAAGACGCGCGACCUGCCCUUUGACCCGUUCGCACCAUCGACGAGCACCGCAGCUGCGUAG